CUCGGCAUCGCGAUAUUUGGGUCAGUCCAGCCGCUGCCUAGGCUACCAGGCUUUCCAGGUAGCCGCUCUUGGCUGUCGGACUACGGAGGCCGGGUUGCCAGCAUUCGGGAAAAUAUUUAAGAAGUUUGUGGAGUAGUACGAGUGAAAGUAAUAGUACCUGCAGGAAGUCCCACAAGAUAAAUGGAAAGGAAGAAUUUCUAGGCUUUUCAUCAAGAUCUUCAUUUACUCAGCUGAUAAAUCCAAGGCUACUGUGGUGAAGCCAUGAAUAAAAUUAUAUCUGCUAUGGUACCAUCCAGCCCACUUGAAAACUGCCUGGGAGUAGUGAAAUUGGACUUAUACAAGGCUCAGCUCACAAAAGGGAUCCUGCUUUUCAAAUGAUUAUGAUUACCAAGGAAACAGGACUUGGCUUGAAAAUCCUAGGAGGAAUUAAUCGGAAUGAAGGACCCUUGGUAUAUAUUCAGGAAAUCGUCCCAGGAGGUGACUGUUAUAAGGAUGGACGAUUGAAACCAGGAGAUCAGCUUGUCUCAAUCAACAAAGAAUCUAUGAUUGGUGUUUCAUUUGAAGAAGCAAAAAGCAUAAUUACCAGAGCCAGGUUGAGGCCAGAAUCUGCUUGGGAGAUAGCAUUCAUAAGACGAAAAUGUGACAGCAGUCAUCCUGAGAAUUCAUCCCUUUUACCAGCUUCAAAAGAAUGUGAACCUCAACCAUCAACUACUAGUUAUCUUUCUUCUACUCCUGAAAUAAUGAUUCCAAAGGCCUCAUCCACUCCCAGUACUACAGAUACCAUUUUACCUUCUCUCAAGAUAAAUCAGAUGAAAACUGGAUACAUGAAAACAGAAACUACCAUUACUUCUUCAAACAACAGCCCUACAGAUAUGUCUAAUACAGAUAUUGCCCCUGCCUGCACUGAUAAUUAUAGACCACAGGGAAAGAAGGUUCUCCUAAAUUCUUCUGUUCGAUUUAAAGCAGAGAAGCUGGAAAUGGCUCUAAAUUAUCUUGGUAUUCAGCCCACAAAGGAACAGCAACAAGCUCUGAGAAAGCAAGUACAAGUAGACCCAAAUGGGACCGUGUCUUUUGGAGAUUUUGUCCAGGUUGCCAGAAACUUGUUUUGCUUGCAUUUGGAUGAAGUAAAUAUUGGCACACAUGAAAUUUCCAACAUUUUAGAUUCACAGCUUCUUCACUGUGAUUCCUCAGAAACAGAUGACGUGGAAAGACUUAAGCAUGAAAGAAAUUAUGCCUUGGAAAAAGUGAAUAUACUUAAGGAAAAACUACUUAAGUCGGAAAGGCAAAGGAAACAAUUGGCUGAAGAACUCCAGACUGUGAAGCAAGAAGCCAAAGCCGUAAUUGAAGAAACAAGAGCACUCCGUAGUCGAAUUCAUCUUGCAGAAGCUGCACAGAGGCAGGCACAUGGAAUGGAAAUGGAUUAUGAAGAAGUGAUCCGUCUGUUAGAGGCUGAGAAUGCAGAGCUAAAGGCUCAGCUUGCUGAUUAUUCUGACCAAAAUAAAGAAAGUGUUCAGGAGUUAAGAAAGAGAAUCACAGUACUUGACUGCCAAUUGCGGAAAUCAGAAACAGCUCGAAAGACUUUUGAGACAUCCACUGGAAAGCUGCUUCAUUUUGUAGAGGCUAUUCAAGAAUUAUUUUCUGAUAACUCUGUUCCUUUAUCAAGUUUAAGUGAAAGGAGAGCUCUGUUGGCUUCUCAGACUUCCCUCUCACCACUGGGAAGGAAUGGACGUAACAUUCCAGCAACACUCGCUCUUGAGUCUAAGGAACUUGUUAAAUCUGUUCGGGCCAUACUUGAUACAGACUGUCUACCUUAUGGGUGGGAGGAAGCUUACACAGCAGAUGGAAUCAAGUACUUCAUCAAUCACGUAACACAGACCACAUCCUGGAUCCACCCUGUGAUGAGUGCACUGAACCUGUCUUGCUCAGAGGAGAAUGAAGAGGACUUCUUCAGAGACCUUCCUGACCAGAAGAGUUAAUGGUUUCCUGUACAAAGCUGAGCUCUGUGGUCUUCCAUCAUCUCAAUCUACGUAGAUGGCUCUAAGAUGCAACAGUUCAAAAUAGGAGUGAAAACACACUACUUACUGAAGUUGUGACAUGGGAACUCUGGAUUUUUGUAAAGCUUUUUGACAAAACUGUAUACUUAUUAUACUAAUUAUCACUACAGCAGCUCUUUAAGAAUAAUUUAAUCAUAGGUUUUGAAAUCAUAUGUCACUAAAUUUUAUAGUAUGUAUACUUGUGUCAUCUAUAGUUAGAUCUUUGUAAUUUCAUAUAUACUUUUUUAUGGUGUCAGAUGCAAUGGUUUUUGUAAUUAAGUCUUGGAAAAUUCUGUGAACAUAGUGUAACACUUCCUUUAUUUGAUAAUUCACUGACCUUUUAUAUCUGUAUCUGAUUUAAGCAAACAUUUGGAGGUUUCAUAAAGAUCAUAUUUAGACAGCUAUC